AUGAAGCCAUUAUGUUUAGUGGCAGUUGCCAUUUCAGCCGUCUUUGCCUCUUCUCCGGAAGUGUCCACGAGGGGGAAAUGUAAGGCUGCAUGCUCUUCUGUAGCCAAGCUGUACCCAGAACAACUCAUUAGUCCAUCUUCCUCUGCCUAUGCAAAGGCGCAGGAAUCAUACUGGAGCGAACAACAGCGGUCAAGAGACCCAGCAUGCUUUUUCCAGCCCACGUCGGCCGAACAAGUCCAGGCUGCAAUUGUUCACGUCAAACGAGCUGGAUGUCUAUUCUCCAUCAAGGGGGGUGGCCAUUCCUACAACUCUCGAGGAUCAAGCAUUGAUGGAGGUUUCCAAUUUGAUCUGGUGAACUUGAACCAAAUCAAUAUUCAUCAAGACCGUCGGGGCCUGACAGUUGGUCCAGGUGUCCGAUGGGGCCCGCUGUUCAAGAUUCUCGAAGGCCAAGGAUUGAUCGCCGUAGGUGGUCGGGAUGUUGGCGUCGGCGUUCCAGGUUUUACCUUUGGUGGCGGCCUGUCAAAUUUGGCCAGUGUCCGAGGCUGGGCUGCGGAUGACCUCGAAUCGUUCGAUAUCGUUCUCGCCAGCGGUGAACUUGUUACUGCAAACGCAAAAUCCAACCCGGAUCUCUUUAGAGCGGUUCGAGGCGGUGGAGGUCACAACUUUGGCAUUGUCGUCGACCUUACGAUCAAACUUUAUGACUACAACGGCAUGUGGGGUGGUCUUCGGAUUCAUUCACAAGACACAUUCGAUGACCUUUGGGACGCUUAUUAUACCUAUAUUCAAAGACUGCCCGCCGACGGAAAGGCACACUUGUAUGUGGACUUUGCCCGCCAAAACGGUUCCGUCGUUGGCGUUACUUUCAUGGCCUAUCCAGAGCCGGUCCAAGAUCCGCCAGUCUUUGACAGUUUUCGUUCGAUCCCGAGUGUUCUCGAUACCUUGCGACUAGCAAAUUACUCUGAUCUCUCUGACGAACAAGCCAAAGCAAUCGACUCCAGAGGUCGCAGAAAUGCCGGCUGGACCCAAGCUGUCGAAUUUGAUAUUGACCUGAUCAAGUCCGUGGUCGACUUCUGGAUCAAGACGACUGAAGAUAUCUCCAAGAGAGUUGAUGCUGGACUCGACUUCAACAUCAUCACUCCCGGAAUGCGGAACUGGGCUGCUCGCAACGGCACGGCGAAUGCGAUGGGUCUUGAAGGACCUGAUGAGCCGCUUAUCAACAUUAUGCUCGCCAUGGCAUGGGAUGAUGAGUCCCUCGACCGCGAGGUGCUGAACACAUAUCGGAGGCUCGAUGAGGGCAUCCGGAAGCUUGCAGGCGACAGAUACCAUCGGUUCAAGUAUAUGAACUACGCUCACUUGGAACAAGACGUGAUUGCUUCCUACGGGGAGAAGAACAAGAGGUUUUUGAAGCAAGUCGCAGCCAAGUUUGACCCUGACUCAAUCUUUCAGAAGCUGCAGCCUGGAGGUUUCAAGCUAGACGGGCUACGUCGGCAAAACUACUAG